AUUUUUUUUUCUUUUCCUCUUCUAACUCUCUACCCUAUGUCAUACCGUAUAUUCUACUUCCUAAGUAACACCCGUUUCUGUUUUCCCCUACUCUCUUAAAGCUAUAGAAGAAUUUCAUUUGUUAUAUCUUCCGUCUUCGCAUCUUCUACAGGUCAUCUGCCUAUGGUAUACAAUUUAGCCCAAUAUGCAUAUCAAGGAGAUGCUCGCAGAUGCCGAGAGGACCGGCCAACCGUCCUUCUCCUUCGAGUAUUUCCCUCCGAAGACAGCUCAAGGCGUGCAAAAUCUGUACGAUCGUAUGGAACGUAUGUACGACUUUGGUCCCAAAUUUAUCGACAUAACAUGGGGAGCAGGAGGACGCAUCGCCGAACUAACCUGCGACAUGGUGGUCCAGGCUCAGGCUUACUUCGGUCUUGAGACCUGCAUGCACCUGACGUGUACCGAUAUGGGAGAGGAAAAGAUCAACGAUGCGCUGAGGAGGGCAUACAAGGCUGGCUGUACCAAUAUAUUGGCCCUGCGAGGUGACCCUCCGCGAGAAAAGGAGCAAUGGGUAGCCGUCGAUGGCGGUUUCCAGUACGCGAGAGAUCUCGUCGCCCAUAUACGAAAGACAUAUGGUAACCAUUUCGACAUUGGCGUCGCCGGUUAUCCUGAGGGUUGUGACGAUAAUAAAGAUGAGGACUUGCUGCUGGAUCACUUGAAGGAGAAAAUCGACAUGGGUGCCACCUUUAUUGUUACCCAGAUGUUCUACGAUGCCGACAAUUUCGUGCGGUGGGUAGGAAAAGUGCGGGAGAGGGGAAUAACUGUCCCGAUUGUGCCUGGAAUCAUGCCUAUCGCAACUUACGCAAGCUUUCUGCGACGAGUAAACCACAUGAAUUGCAAGGUUCCCGACGAAUGGAUGGCCGCUCUCGAACCGAUCAAGAACGAUGAUGCUGCGGUAAGGGAAGUUGGAAAGACGCUGGUUGCCCAGCUGUGCCGAAAGAUCAUGUCUGCUGGCAUCGUUCAUCUCCACUUCUACACUAUGAACCUGGCUCAGGCAACUCGCAUGGUUUUGGAAGAGCUGGACUGGAUGCCUACUACGACACGUCCUCGUAAACAAGCCUUACCAUGGAAGCAAUCUCUUGCUCUCGGUCGACGCGAAGAAGACGUCCGCCCUAUUUUCUGGCGUAAUCGCAACAAGUCAUACAUUUCGAGAACCCAGGACUGGGAUGAAUUCCCUAAUGGUAGAUGGGGUGACUCGCGCUCCCCUGCUUUUGGUGAAUUGGAUGCAUACGGUGUCGGCCUCGGCGGCACCAAUGAGUUUAAUCGCAAGAGAUGGGGCGAGCCUAGAUCCGUCCAAGAUAUCGCUUCCUUGUUCGUGAAGUACAUCCAACGGGACAUCCCUUCUUUGCCAUGGAGCGAAGCCCCCCUGACCGGCGAGUCCGAUACGAUUACGGAAGAUCUCAUCAAGCUCAACCAACGUGGUCUACUAACUAUUAAUUCUCAGCCCGCGGUGGACGGCGUCAAGUCUACGCAUCCCGUGUAUGGAUGGGGGCCACAAAACGGAUAUGUCUAUCAAAAAGCAUAUCUAGAAUUACUAGUGUCUCCUGACCUAUUCCCCGAGGUUAUUCGAAGAAUCAAUGCCAACCCGGAUCUAUCGUACUACGCCGUCACCCAAUCCGGGAAAUUCAUGACAAACACCUCAUCCGAAGGUCCCAACGCUGUCACGUGGGGAGUUUUCCCGGGCAAAGAGAUUGUCCAGCCGACAAUCGUCGAGAGCAUUAGCUUCCUAGCUUGGAAAGACGAGGCCUUCAGACUUGGCAUGGACUGGGCUCACUGCCACGAAGCCAACUCGCCUAGCCGCGUUUUGAUCGAGAAGAUCAUGAAUGAGUGGUAUUUGGUCAACAUCGUAAACAAUGAUUUCCACCUACCGCGGGCUAUUUUUGAGCUCUUUGACGGAUUGUCGGUCAAGGAUAUCGAUGUACCUGUAACGGCUCCUCUACAGGGACAGGAGCAGUCUAACGGAGUUUACGAGACGAACGGCACUUCAGCUGUUAAUGGGAGUGGAGCGGUCGCAACUGCAUAAGCUUAGCGAUGAUAUAUGGAACGGCGUCAUUGAACUUUUCAACAAGCAUUUGGAUGGCAGGCGAAGGGAGUUACUAUUUCAACAACAAGCAUAUACCAAGGCGUUUGGAAAUGGAGUCCAGAUUUUUCAACAAAAAA